UUUUCAGCUGGGAUCUGUGCGUUCAGCCGGUAUAAUAAAUGCCGUCGAAGGGGCCGUCCCUGCUCCUGGCUCACAAAGGUCUUGCUUUCGAGCCGUGCCCUCGCAAAAGCCGGCGCUCAUUAUGCCAAGCCAACAGAAGAAAAUCAUUUUUUGUACGGCCGGAGUGUUAAGCUUCGUGUGCGCCCUUGGAGUUGUGACAGCCCUGGGGACGCCAGUGUGGAUCAAAGCCACCAUCCUCUGCAAGACAGGGGCUCUGCUGGUCAAUGCUUCAGGGCAGGAGCUGGACAAGUUCAUGGGCGAGAUGCACUACGGGCUUUUCCACGGAGAGGGUGUGAGGCAGUGCGGGUUAGGAGCCAGGCCCUUCCGGUUCUCAUUUUUCCCAGAUUUGCUCAAAGCAAUCCCAGUGAGCAUCCAUGUCAAUGUCAUUCUCUUCUCCACAAUCCUUAUUGUUCUGACCAUGGUGGGGACAGCCUUCUUCAUGUACAACGCUUUCGGCAAACCCUUUGAAACUCUGCAUGGUCCACUAGGGUUGUAUCUUUUGACUUUCAUUUCAGGCUCCUGUGGCUGUCUCGUCAUGAUAUUAUUUGCCUCUGAAGUGAAAAUCCACCACCUCUCAGAAAAAAUCGCAAAUUACAAAGAAGGGACUUAUGCCUACAAAACGCAAAGUGAAAAAUAUACCACCUCAUUCUGGGUCGUCUUCAUUUGCUUUUUUGUUCAUUUUCUGAAUGGGCUCCUGAUACGACUCGCUGGGUUUCAGUUCCCUUUUGCAAAAUCCAAAGAUACAGAGACUGCAAACGUAGCUGCUGAUAUCAUGUACUGAAAGACAAACAUUUCUGCCGAGUCCCGAGUCCCGGAAUAAACUCAGCUGGGGUCGCUUCUACACGGGGUUACUUUUGCCCAUGCAUUUCAUCUUUAUAAAUAUAAGCAGCAACCCCCUAGGGGACAAUAUGGACAAGGUACCGAGGACGCAGGCUGGAAAGUUGAGGAAGCAGGAGGAAAGUUCUGGAAGACCGCUUCACCUGGGGUGGGGCGUGGGGGGAGUCGCUUGACCUGGGCUGUCAAGAGCAGUUGACAAGAAUGGUGAAAUUUGUCACCCAUGUGCAUGUGAAAGUGCACGACGCCUGUUCCACCAGGGAAGGCUCCAAAGGCACGUGGAAUAUGUCUUCACAAAAGCAAGCACUAUGUCAGGGAAGCCACGUGUUUGUUGCUACAGAUGCCAGAAAUUCAGGCUGCAUUUGCUUCCCUUAAAUGAUGCUGCCACUCAGGGCCAGUGCCGUGGCAUAGCGGGUAAAGCUACUGCCUGCAGUGCCAGCAUCCCAUAUGGGUACUGGUUCAAGACCCGGCUGCUCCACUUCCGAUCCAGCUCUCUGCCAUGGCCUGGGAAAGCAGUAGAAGAUGGCCCAAGUGCUUGGGCCCCUGCACCUGCACGGGAGACCCAGAGGAAGCUCCUGGCUCCUGGCUUUGGAUUGGUGCAGCUCCAACUGUUGCAGCCAACUGGGGAGUGAACCAGCAGAUGGAAGACCUCUCUCUCUCUCUGCCUCUCUUUCUCUGUGUAACUCUGACUUUCAAAUAAAUAAAUUUUAAAAAUACUGCUGCAUUAA